UUAAUUUCCUUCGUUAUUAAUUUUAGUUAAACAAAAUUUAGAAAUAUAUUAUACUAGAAAUUUAUUAUAACUUUUAGGGUAUAUUUCGUGGUAUUACAUUUUCCCCCUUAAAAAGAAUUUCGUCCCUAAAAUUCUUCUAAGAUAAAGAGUGUAAAAUAAAUAUUAAAAAUAUGUACAUUUUAAUUUUUUAAGACAAUAUAGGUUUUUUCUGAAAAAAAAUUCAUUUUAAUCAUUGAUCAAAAUAAAUUUUUUUGAUAUGUUAUACUCCGUAUUAAUUUAUUCCCCACACCUAUUAUUACGGGAGAUUGUGAAUGUACAAUUUCAGCCCGCGUCAUCACUGAUUCACUUCACCCCUCUCUCUUGCGCUAUGGCGAUGAGCUCUGAGAAGGAAGUUUUUUUGAAGGAGUUCGGCGAGGAUUAUGGCUAUCGUAAUUCCUCUAGAAAUAUAGAUCAGAUUAGAGCCAUGGAAUUCAAGCGUUUGGAAGGUGUUGUGUAUCUGGAUCAUGCCGGAGCUACCCUCCACUCGGAGUCUCAAUUGGAAGCAGUUUUGAAAGAACUCAAUUCCACUGUUUAUGGAAAUCCUCAUAGCCAAAGCAGCUGCAGCAUGAGUAGUAAUGACUGUGUUCAAAAAGCACGUCAGCAGGUACUUGAAUUCUUCAAUGCAUCCCCCAGAGAGUACAGCUGCAUAUUCACUUCUGGGGCAACAGCAGCUUUGAAGCUUGUUGGGGAGACAUUCCCAUGGUGCAGUGAGAGCAGCUUUAUGUAUACAAUGGAGAAUCAUAACAGCGUGCUUGGGAUAAGAGAAUAUGCACUCAAUAAAGGAGCUACAACAUUUGCUGUAGAUGUUAAAGAUGCUAUUAGUAAUGAUAGCUCACAAAGCCAUCAAUCUGCCUUUAAGAUCUCACACCGCCCUAUGCAAAGAUGUGAAGCUGGACUGCCAAACGAAGGAUCAACAGGAAAGGUUCACAACUUGUUUGCAUUUCCGUCGGAGUGCAACUUUUCAGGUAAAAGGUUCAACCUUGACCUGGUGAACAUUGUGAAGGAAGGUUCAGAUAGUAUCUUGGGAAGCAGCUCUCUGUCUCAUAGGUAAUCCGUUAGAGAUCUUUUUGCCUCUUCUUGCUAACAUAUUCUCGUUGCAAUUGAUAUUUCUUGUAGUUUUAACAAUGUUGUUGCUAAAAGAGGAGGACAGUGUUAUGCAUGUAUAUUUGUAAGGCUAUGAUUCAAUGCUAUUUUUAUUGCAAAGUACUUACUUUUGAGCUUCUAUCAGUCAAAGUCUACAACAACAACCCAGUGGAAUCCCACCCAAAUUAUUCCUUUUAACUUGGAGCUCUCAGCUGUCUAGUUGGUGAGAGGCCUUUUUAGAUUUUCCACAGUUGAGAUCUUUCCCAUACACAUGAAACAUACUUCCCUUUCC